CCCAAAUCCACUUGUUGACAUCCAAUUCAUUGCAGAGCUGCGGUGCGAAAUUCCAGCUUCCGUACGACACCUUACAUAACCAUGGCAAGAGCCAACCCCUCUUCAAUGCCGUCUCGUCCAUUGACCCCACACCUGACUGUAUUAUGUGCAGUGUUCCGACCUGCAUUAUGUCCUACAAAUUCGUUACUCGGCAGGCCAAACUUGGGGCUCAUGAACUAUCAGUCUCGGACUCAUUUUCUCCAUAAAAGCUCCUAAGCACUCGAGCUUUCCUUUCUCACCUGCUUCCCUCCUUCCUUCAUCAUCAAACAAAAGAUCAACUUCAGCACCCGUCUCAAAAAAUGGCAUCCCUCCCAAACACCACGGGCAAAACAGCCGUGAUUCUCAUAGAUCCAUACAACGACUUCCUCCACCCAUCCGGAAAGCUCAACGGCCUAGUCUCCACCUCUAUGCAAAAGACCAACACCCUCACUCACAUCAAAGAACUCGUCGACACAGCUCGAGGCCACAAAAUUCCCAUUUAUUACGGGCUCCACCAACAAGUUGGUGCCAAUUUCAUUAUGGGAUGGAAUCAUGCUACUCCGAUGCAGAAAAGCCAGAGGGAUAACAAGGGGUUUGAGGAGGGGACUUGGGGCGUCAAAAUUUAUGAGGGCUUAGAGCCAAGUUUGGAGAACGGGGACGUGGUUGUUAGUAAGCAUUGGAGUAGCAGUUCGUUCCAAAACACAGAUUUGGAUUAUCAGCUUCGACAGAGGGAUGUCACGAAUGUAAUAAUAGGAGGACUCACUGCAAACACCUGCAUGGAAUCCACUGCUCGAUAUGCCUAUGAGCUAGGAUAUCAUGUGACUAUGCUGAAAGAUGCGACCGCUGGGUUCACAGUCGAGGCAACAGAAGCUGCAACAGAGCUUAUCUGGCCAAUGUUCGCAGGAAGAGUCAUGACUGUUGCAGAGUGGGCUACGAGCUUGAAAUGAGAAGUAUGUAGAAAGAGUGAUCAAAGGAGUAUAUCCACAUUGCACAUUAUGGG